AUGCCGGUCACAACACGCAGAGCAAUAAAGGCCAAGCCCAAGGUACCUGCAAAGAAGACUACAUCCCGAGAGCAGGCUGUCGAUGAGCCGUCGCAAAGCAUGCUUGACCCAAUGAAGGCUGCGCCAGCAAUCUUUCAAUCAUUUGAGACUACCACAGCUCUGACAGAAGGCCAUUGUGUCAUUCGCAAAAUCGAAGAUGGCAGCUACGAGAUUGUAAACCUCAACUCAGCUAGUGCGGAGCUGUUCGGAAGCAAGGAGGUUGGUCGUCUGGUUCUCGCUGACGAGACUGGCGGCAGAAUGCGGGCCUUGGAAGAUGUCGAGAAGUCUUGGAAGGACUCCGAACUGAAGAUUGGCCAAGUUCUGAGCAGUGCCAAUUUGAGAAUAUUCAGAUUUCUGAAGUUGCCACUAGAGCUUCGACUCACCAUCUACGAUCUCACUGUGCGUGCUAACGAUAAGCUUCAUAUUGGAAGCUGGAAAUACUGCGCAGAGAGCAUUCUUCCGGGUAUCCAACUGAGAGGCACAUGUCGACAGAUCUACGAAGAAUCCUCUGGCAUUUUCUGGCGGAACCACUUCCGAAUCCAUGACAUCUGCAGGCAGCUCAAGCCUCUACUUCCAAAGUUGACGGCGAAUAUCCAAGAGAUCACCUGGGCCUGGUGGGGAUUUAAGAUCAAAGACGCAAACACCCUUCGGAGCUUCCAGGAAUUCGAGAAACUUACGGUCUUUCAUCUUGUAUUGUCAAAGUAUUGUGUGUACUCUCCCACCCGACCUGGAUCGUCACGCCAAUUCCUGCAUCAGAAUGAGCCCGCAGUUGCCAAAUUUAACAAGACCAGUGGCUUUGAUAACCUGAUGAGUAUGCGGGGUCUCGAAACAGUCACAGUUGAAAACUCGACCAGUGAUAACUGUAAAAUCAAACCAGAAGAUGCCAGCGAUGCUGAGAUCCGGGCAUUCGAAGCCUUUGUGGUCAAGGAGCUGACGAAAUCAAGAGAACCAAAGGUUUCUAGUGCAAGUUCCGGUACCAAGGAAAAGAAAGUCGAGAAGAAGGCUAAAGGGGCCACCAAGAAAGCACGUAAGUCUCAAGCAGAGACGGCGGCUACUGCGACCUAG